AUGGUUUCAUCUGCAAAUAGUCAACGUCUAUCCAGAGUUUUAGGAUAUGACAAUAUCCGAAUUGUAAAUCCAGAAGGUCAUUGUGGUGGAAUGUGGGUUUGUUGGAAUGAGAAAAACAUUGAUAUUCAAAUUGUAUCUCUACAACAUCGAAUAGCUCAUUUAGUUAUUACUGAUAAAUAUAAGAAAGGUGGAUGCCCUUCAACUUUACGACGUUGCCUCAAAUUACAACGUUUUGCUCAACUAAAUAAUGCGAAUGACAUUCCCCCUAUUGGAUCGGCAUUUUCAUGGAAAAAACACAUGCGAAAUUAUAUCAUAUAUGAACGUUUAGAUAGAUGUCUAGCAAAUGAUACAUGGUUACAAUUAUUCCCUCAUGCGGCAAUUUCAUAUGAAUAUUUCUCGUGUUCAGAUCAUACUCCGGUAUGCUUAUACUUGGAUAACUCCGGACCACCUAAGCUUUCGUCUUUCAGAUUCCAAAAUGCUUGGACUUUAUAUGAAGAGGCUCAAAAGCUAGUUGCCAAAAAUUGGGCUUAUAAACAUUCCGAGUCCAGAUUUUUCUGUAUUUUUCAGAAAUUGUCUCGGCUUAAAACUGACUUAAAAAAUUGGCAUUCUCGUAAGUAUGGGAAUAUACAACAUAAACUUGCAUUAAAUCAAGAUAAAUUGAAAAAUGUAGAAGUACAACUUCAACUUUACCCGGAAAAUCAUCAUAUUGAGCACCAUCUUCAUCGACUUGUCAAACAACGAGAACGACUUCUCUCGUUUGGCCAAAACUUCUGGGGAAAAUAUGCUCGUAAGCAAUGGUUGACACAAGGUGACCGAGGUUCUCGCUUUUUCCAUGAGAAAAUGAAAACUCGAAAAAGACGUUCCCAAAUUUUUAGAUUACAGAAUGAUCUAAACUAA